GACACAAAACAGAACAUACUCGAGGCCAUAUACGCAAAAGUGUGCUACCAGGUCUACUGCUCGAACUAACCAGAAAGAUGGCGGCGGCGGCGGCGGGCGGCGGGCUCUCCGGCGACGUUCCGAUAUUCCACGCGGAAAACCUCGUCAGCAACGUCAAAUCAAUCAACUACAGCCGGACAUUCUUGUCAAUCAUUAGUGGAGUUGUUGCUGGAAUAUGGGGGUUUACAGGCUUGAUGGGAUUUGUGUUCUACUUUCUUGUGAUGAUGGUUGCAUCUCUAAUGCUUCUGGUGAAGGCCAAAGUUUCGGUCCAUACAUACUUUGACAGUUGGAACAGGAUUAUAAUUGAAGGAGUUCUUGGGGGCCUGAUGUCUUUCGUGUUGUUUUGGACAUUUGCCUAUGACAUUGUCCACAUCUUCUGAUGGAUGAAACAAGAGCUCUCAGAAGAACUGGGGAACCAUGUGAUCCCUCCUUGUAUGAGACAGAAUCAAUGUGUAAUUGCGCCUACUCUGCCAUCUGGGGACUAUGUUCAGUGGACAACCGUCCUCAAUUGGUUUGUUGCUGUAUACUAAACCUGAACUUUAGGAAGCUGAUAGCCUAUAAAUGAACUCAGGUUAGCAGAGUUCCAGACUCAUGUAACUCCACAGCUGUCAGCAAGCUCUGCAAAAUGGCCAUGCAGUAGAGCACGCAAUUUGUAAUAAAAUGGGCAUUAUGGUUGCCCAGGUUACUGACCAGAACAUAUGAAACAUAUAACCACUCCCUCCAUUCCAAACUAUAA